CACAAGGGUAGCAUUGUGUGCGUAUUCUCUCUCUCUCUCUCUCUCUCCGGAGUUAAAAGAGAGCGAGGCCGGCCGGGCAACACCUCGAAGCUAGUUCAAACUAGUGGGAGGCUGCUGUCUGCUGCACCGGAGAAUAUAUAUAUAUAAUUAUUUAUCAAAUUUUCUUCCAUAUUUUCCGAUCAUCAAUUAGUUUUCGUUCGGCUAAAAAGCACAGCAGGCAGGCCAAUCAUCAACGGCUAAGUCGUCGUUCGAUCGCCCACCCUAAGGACGACGACGACGUUGCUUUGAUCGAUUCAGUCAUCAAUUGUAGAUAUACAUCUCCCUCCCCUUCCCCUCUCUCUCUCUCUCUCUCUCUCUCUCUCUGCAAAUAUAUAUAUAUAUAUAUAUCUGGAAUUUGAUUAAUUAACCAAUUAAUCAAUUACUUAGCUUAGCUGGUUAAGUAAUGGCUCGAGGAAAGAUUCAGAUGAGAAGGAUUGAGAAUCCAGUACACCGGCAGGUUACCUUCUGUAAGAGGCGCGCAGGGCUGCUGAAGAAGGCCAAGGAACUGUCCGUGCUGUGCGAUGCUGAAAUUGGGCUCUUCAUUUUCUCCGCCCAUGGCAAGCUCUACGAACUCGCCACCAAAGGAAGCAUGCAGGGUAUGAUUGAGAGGUACAUGAAGUGUAACCUGGAAAUUCCUGCUGAAGAUCAUCAGCCUAAAGAUUCUGACAAGGAGCACGCAAGCAUGGACCCAAAAGAGGAGGUUAGCAUGCUCAAGUUUGAGAUCGAGAUACUUCGGAAAGGACUAGGGUUGUUAUACGGAGGAGUGGAUGCAGCAGCUGGUGCAGUAAUGAGUUUGGAUGAACUGAAUAUCCUGGAGAAGCACCUUGAGACUUGGAUUUACCAUGUCCGCUCAGCCAAGAUGGACAUUAUGGUUCAAGAAAUCCAGUUGCUCAAGAACAAGGAAGGGAUACUCCAAGCAGCAAACAAGCAUCUGCAGGAGAAGAUCGAGGAGCAGCACGGGGCGGAUGAGUUUGGGGCAGUGGUGGUGGGGGGCAACCAGCAGCAGGUGGUGGUGGCUGAAUUGGGAGAAGUUGAAGGAGGCGGCGGCGGAGGUGGGAUGACGAGCAUGCCAAUGACCUCGUCGAUGUCGAUGUCGAUGUCGAUGAUGAUGAUGAUGAUGCCACCGGCAAUAGGGCAGCAGCCACUUGAAGUUGGAGAAGGAAGGAUGAUGCCCAAUCACACUACUACUACUAAUAACAAUAACAAUGCCUUGAUGAAUAGUAGUAGUAGCAGCAGCAGCAGCGAAGAGGAGAUGAUGAUGAUCUACUCACACCCGCUAGGAGUGGGCGCUGCUGCUGUUAACAUGAAUAGUAGCAGCAUGAUUCCGUCCCCACUAAUCACUAGAUUACCUACCACCAGCUGCGGUGAGAUCUUCCACUUUUAACUCACUCACUCAUCCAUCCAUCCAUAGUAUUAAUUAUAAUUACUACUAAUUAUUUAUACAUCACCUAUCUAUCUAUGUAUCUAUCUAUCUAUCAGACACUCCUCCCCUCGCGCACACCUACCUACCUACCUACCUACCUACAUAUAUGCAUGCCCACCUCUCCUUCGAUCCUUUCCCUAGCUAGCUCCGACAUAUAUAUAAUAUAAAUUGCUCCUACUAUAUAUCAUUAGUUAUUUCCAUCAAAUAGGAAGGAGCACACAAUAUCACCAUCGCUCAUCUCUCUCUCUCUCUCUCUCUCUCUCUCUCUCUGCGUAUACUUACAAUCCAGUAGAUAGAUGUAUAAUUGGUGUGUCGUCCAUCCAAUUACGUACGUACUACUGCCAUCCAAAACAGAUACGAUGAUCUCUUAAUAUAUACUAUAUAUAUAUUUACAUAUAUUAAUGAGAUUAGAAAAUGGUUUGCUAGCUAGCUAGUGCGCGUGAUUGUGUUGUUGCAAGUAGCUAGCCAGCGAUCAUCUAUAUAUAUAUAUUAACGAAGAUCUGUGCUAAUUGCUACGCAGCGUUACCGCGCGUCCUCUAUCAUCAUCAUCAUCGUCACAUCUUAUAUAUGUACCCAUUUUAUUUAUUAGUAUUAUCGUCAAAUAUAUCUUAUGUAUUUGUAUA